AUGGCUGAGACUACUGUAUCAUGGCAGCCGACAUUGCGAUGCGUUGCUUCAACAGGCGACACAUAUCGCUGCACCGUCGACGAGGCGCACCCGGGCUGGGCUGAACAGACUCGCGGCUUUGCGACACGCGCAGACAAGAACGAGAGUAAUUGUUUUCGUCACGCUCUCUUGUCUGCAGACGGCACUGCUGUAGUCACGUACAAUGAGGAUCUAAUUCUAAGAACCUUUGCAGUUCCGCUGGCUCACUCGGACCAAGAGCCUGCUGACAUCAAGUCCUACUGUUCCGCUCCAUCGCCUUCAAGCCUCACCUCGCUCACACUACACCCUGCCUUCCAUGUCGCCAACCCUGCGACUACCUUGCUCUUGACCUCUCAGCCAGACCUACCUAUACGCCUGGCCAACGCUCUCAAUCUUUCAUACAUCCACGCAUCCUAUACAUGGCAGAAUCCUCUGACCGAAGCGUAUAUUGCACCCUCCUCCCUUCUCUUUGUCGACAACAACCAUUUUGUAGCAGGCGCAAAAGAUUCUCUGGCCCUUUUCGACAUUCACAACCAAGAUGGUCCUAUCUUUGAAUGUCCGACGAGAAAAGGCCGCAAGGCAAGGAAACUGUACGGAGCUGAUACUACUGGAAUCGGCGGUAUCGUCUCUUCCCUGGCUCUGUCAAGUGACAACGUCCUGGCUGCAGGCACCUACAACCGUCAAGUAGGCUUGUUCAACAAUGCUGGCCAAGGAGAGACUAUAGCUGCAUUCGAUUUGAAGUACAACGACGCCGACGACAAGCUACUCAAGGGCAAUGGCAUUAGCCAGCUUGCUUGGAGUCCAUGUGGGAACUACCUCUUUGUCGCCGAACGCCAGAGUGAUUCUCUAUUGGUCUACGAUAUCAGACACACCGGACAGCGUCUGAGUUAUCUGUCUGGCCGACACGCUCUUACCACGCUGAAGCUUUCCUUUGAUUUUGCGAGCGACGCAGACGGUAAAAUCGACAUCUGGGCAGGUGGUAUGGAUGGUAAGGUCAGAGUGUGGCGAGACGUCACAAGCAGGGAAGGUCGCAUAGAGCCGGACCUUGCACUGCAUGCAAGUCAUGCUGCCAUCAGCAACACUAUACUGAGCCGUCGUGAACCAAUGCUCAUAACAGCGUCUGGUCAACGUCGCAAUCCCAGCGAUCUCGUGGGCUUGAAUGACUUCAGUUCAGAUUCAGACUCAAGUUCCUCAGAGGGCAGUUCAGACAGUGAAGAGUCUGAGUCAGCCGAUGGGGAGCACGAAGAUGGCGGUCGCCAGGGCCAGGAAGCUCAAGGUGAGACGCCGGCCUCGGGCAUCACCUCAAAUGUGGCUGUCGAGGAUCCUUGGCGAGGACCCGCUCUUGACAAUGUCCUCUCCUUUUGGCAGAUCGUGUGA